CACCCACUCACCCACUCACCCACUCACCCACAAAGGCGAUAUAAAAAAAGGUUGCUGCUUUGCUCUACCAUGCCUGCUUGCUUACCUCAGUAGCAUAUACACAUGAUGUUACACCGCCACGAGAGGCAACCCCCCAAACACUUACACGCUUGCUGCACUUGGCCCCAGGUCUUGGUCUUCUGUACUGCUCCCGGAGCGCUGCUCCCACCACUUCCUACCCCCAGCCCGCCUCAAGCUGUCUUAUCGACACUCCAAAAGUCCUUCUCUCUUUUCUUCUAACGCGUCUCUUUCCUUUUCUUCUCUUCCCUUCUGCCCCCCUGUCCUCCCUUUACAACCUUCUUCAGCUGGGUUGUCGUCUUUUCGCAGCUCUUCCUACCUUUCACAUUUGCAUCACACCCCACCAUCUCCGUCGCAUUCCGCUCCCACUCCAUGGCAUCCUAUAAGACACAGCCUCAGCCGCGCCGUCCCUACUCUUCAUCCCCGCCAUCACCCAAAAUUCAACUAAAUCUCAGUCGCGCCAACUCGGACUUCUACGCAGCACCGACCUUUGAGGAGAACAAGCGAAAAUCGUCCAGCUUGUUACCUUCCCCUACCACCUUAGAAGUCAAACCACUGCCCGAGGACCCCUUUGGCGCGCGAUUCCAUGAGAGUGUUCGAAAUGGAUCGAAUCCAGCAUCGCCCAUCAUCACGACCGGCAAGCCUACUGUCGCUCUGACCAUGGCAAGUCCUGUGCAGCCAGAGCCGUCCCGCCAGAGUCUCACUUUGAGUAGAACUGAUGCUGAGGGCGACGUUUUCAUGGAUGGCCGUGACGCUGCAUUCGAUCAAAGUCACCAGCCCUUCAAAGUGAACCCUUUAAAUAUUCCAGCAAGACCAGCUUCUCGAGGCAACAAUCUGACCGAACUUGAGCAAAGAGGAUUAGUGGCACUCAAACAAAAACUUUCAUCAGACAAACUAUCUGCAAGCAGGGAGAGCUCUCCUGUGCCGAGCUCGAUAUCUAGCGAGGACUCGACAAGGGCACUCAUCAACAGGAUCGACGAACUCAAUGCCAUAACGGGAAGUCUUAAGAUGAACCUGAACGACACCGUGCAGGACCAGCAGACCUUGAAGACAGACCACGAUCGACUUCUCAAGGCUUACGAGGAUGUUCGCCGCCAAAACCAGGAGCUCCAAGCAAAAAUGAUCAAGCGAGAAAGGGACUAUGAAGUGAUGUCAAAGAACUAUCUGGACCACGUCCGCUUGAUUCGUGCAACAGACGACGACCAUUCGACCAUCAUAGACCGUCUGACGCAGCUCAAGGCCUCAAUUGAACAUUUGGUUCGCAAAGCGCAGGGUGGACGAUCAGUGAACUUGAACCGAGUUGCGGCUAUUGAUCACUUCAAAAGCACCGGUCUAUUGGCGGAUUUUCCGAUCGAUGAGGACAAGCUGGAGCCAUUUCAUCUGAACCUGUUCAUGGAAUCAGUUAUCAUGUCAACCCUUGUCUCCAACUUUUUUGGCAAGCCUCUAUGCUGCAUCUUCGACUACAACAAGGGUUUCCAGGAGAUUUACGACUGGAUGCACAAGCGAAACGACAAACUGGCCAUCCGCUGGCGCCAGCAGCUUUGUGUCAUGCUUACACAGGAUCCAGAGACUAAGAUUCGACAGGAGGCAGCAGUGACGGCCACAGCCAGUAGUCUGACGGAUCUUAUCUCGAGGGUAUAUACGGGCUCGAAUGAGGGUACUAAGAUUAAGGAGAUGUGUAGCAAAUCCUUUGAUCUCGCGGUGGCGAUGACUGGAUUGGAAUCGGUUAUCGCACCAGUGUCAACUCCUCUAGGCGUGCCCUUUGAUGAAGAUACAAUGGCGCCAUCGCUCAAGAGUAAUCCGACAGGCAAGAUAGCCUUGGUUAUCUUUCCGGCAUUCAAAGACAGUGAAGAGACGUUCACCAUCCGGCCAAAGGUGUGGUGCUACUAAGGAAGGAUAAAGGAGGGGUAGACGAAUUGAUGCCAUAUCCCUAUCAAGACUCUGGCAUUAUCUCUUCACAGAGUUGACCAGGGACGAUACCAAGUAUCUCACAUGAAUAAAAAUCGACUACUGGACGCUUUACUCUCAGUCGAGGAUAUGUACGUUUGUAAGCUA